CUCUCUCCUCCCUCAUCCGAGACGCACUCCUCCUCGCAUUCCCUUUGCCUUACUCAUUCAUCACCACACUGUUGUGUCAUCUACGUCCAAUCAACCCACUUUUCUCUUCAGUUGGUGGAUAUAAUCAAUCGCUAUUUGCACUUGAAGGCAAUUACCUCGUUAUAUUUGACCCUGGGACAAGUUGCCCAUCCUUGGUUCCAGCAGCAGAUUCACCUUGAGAUGCUGUUGCGGAAAUCCUUUGUGUACUGCCGAAUUAGGAAGUGAAUAUCGCAGCGACGAGUUUCCUGCUUCAUUACAACCCUACUCUUGUCCACACAGCCUGGGAGCCUUUCUCUUUCUCAUUCACAUUCGUCUGCGCUGCCAUUUACUUCUACUUUAGUUGCAUUCCAUCCCCCGUCCUCGCACCCCAUCAUGGCUCUUGUGUUGCAAGCCCACGACAAAGAGUACAUAGCAUGGGCCAGUGAAGACAUACGGGUCGAUGGCAAGUUGAUGGAGCAUGUCUCAUUCCAAUCCUUCGUCAGGAAGUUUGGCUUCACCAGCAAGGAGGCAGCGAUGUCUCAGUACGAGCAACUGCUGAACUCAUCCAGACUGAGCAAGACGCGAAGGGAACGUCUGAGAGCCACUUAUGAUGACUUUGUGAAGACUCACCUGGAUUCAUUCUGGCUGGAAUGGGAUAGGGAGCUGGCAAACUACGAAUUUGAUGCUUCAUGCGAGACUGUUGUGAAGAGAACGGCUACUCUAGCCCAGCAGGCGUCGCUUGCCAUGUCUGCACGCGGAUUUUCAGCCGUCCAAACCAACAGUACAGGACACAACGCCCGGGCAGACGCUGCCGUUCAUAAAGGAAACGAUAGCGGGUCCAGCUCGAAUGACGAGAAUAAUGACAACGCUGUAGCGGAUGAAGAGACUGCUACCGCAUCGUCGCGCUCAGACAGUCAAGCCCGCGGAGAACAGGAACCUUUGGGACAGCAGUCGGAUGUUUGUCAGGAAAAUAAUGGGGCUUCGACACUGGAUGACGACGUUCGGGAAGACCUUAUUGAUGAAGAGCUGUCGAAUUUACUCGCACAUAUUGCCCAGGUGCAACAUUCCGUUUGUGAGUGGCGAUCCAAGGAUGAUGACGCCUGUAUUGCUUGUCUUUUCCAGCAGUAUCAAAGAGAAUGUGUCCAGGCGUUGCACAAUGACAGGCUGCACAAUGCUGAUAUCGCGGAUGCCAUGGCUAUCAUUGGGGUGUUUGCGCCUUUUCUACAAACACAGAGAAUGCGAGCUGUUUUCAGCAGGAAAAUUCUCAGCCAGUUGGUGGCAUCAUCAGCUCUACCUGACCCUGAUGUCGAUGACGCAGCUGUGCUCAAGGCCAUCCGCCUACGUAUCAACAACAGACGCGAGGAUGCCUCCCAAGCACUUGGAUGCAUGGACAGGAAGCUACGAAUCAUGUUCGACAACCUGCUCGAGUUCCUCCCUGAAGUAGUGGACAGAUCCAUAUCUGAGGUCACCUUCACUGUGAAUUAUGUAGCCCCAGUGCUGAACUGCAUUCUCAAGAUUGACGGAAAAACCGACGUGCAGUACCCCAACACAGAUUGUCAUGUACAGAAGCACCAGGGCUCGAAACCUGACCGACCAGACAUUCUUGUGAAGGCACAUGGCCACGAGAUCCUCUACGGUGAAAUAACUGGGCCAUGCAGAGCGAAUUGCCGGUCUAAAACAAACUGGGACUUAUUUCGUCUUGCGAGGUUUGGUAAAGCUUUCUUAGACCGAGGGAACCACGUAGCGCCUCUUCUCCAAGUGGUCCAUGAUACCGGAACCGUAAUGAGGCUGUCCAUGAAGAUACGAGGGAUUUAUAUCCUUGAAAGGAUUGGUCUGUUCUCUGUGCCAUGCUCAAUUGCCACAGUUCCUGCACUCCUUGCCACCUUGCCACCCCUACUUGCUGCGAAGGAGGAUGUUGACAUGCUUGCUGAGCAUGAGUUUGAUGCGAACCGGAAGAGAUCCUGGCGAUUUGAUGACAUCCUUGAUGCUCGAAAGAGAAUCAAGUGAACUGGACUCAGGCGUAUUGCAAUUUGCAUUCAAAUAAAUCUCCACUCAAUUUCUUCCUUCUUCACGUCUAAAAUAAUACUUUGCUUUUCAUUUGGACCCAUGGAUAUUUCCAUCAUUUACCAUCCAUCUUUUCUGCCUUUCACCUACUAAGUCAAAUUGUAAAUGCAUCGUUUUCUCCCUUUACUCUGUUCCUGUAGUACAUACCUUACCAUAUGGCACCAAACGUGUGUGCUACACAAGCCAAUGCCUUGCGCCACCAUUUUCUCACUGACCGUCAUCUCCUUCCGCGUCCUGGUAGACGAGCCCAUUCAAAGGCAAACUAACAGUCUUCCAAAUGAACCGCCCUUAAGCCACGCUCACAGAAAAGAAAAAGAUAGAGAGGAGAUGCUGUUCUUUCGAACAAAUCUAUAGAACAAUGGGCUUAAUCUCAGCCGAUCGUAGCAACAAGGCUACUCUACAGCUUACAAUACCCCGUUCAAUAAAAGUCGUCUGC